AUGGGGAACAACUCCAACAUGGAGACGGAGAGCUCCUUCAAGAUGUCUUUCAAAAGAGAAACCAAAGUCCUAGAGACCCUCUCUGUCAUAAUGGGGGUGUUUGUAUGCUGCUGGCUGCCCUUCUUUAUCCUCAACUGCAUGGUGCCCUUCUGUGAGGCCAACAGCACCUCUGAUUUCUUCUGCAUUAGCCCUGCUACAUUUGACGUCUUCGUCUGGUUCGGCUGGGCCAACUCCUCACUCAACCCCAUCAUAUAUGCCUUCAACGCGGACUUCCGCAAAGCAUUCUCCAUCCUGCUGGGCUGCCACAGACUCUGCCCGGGCAGCAAUGCCAUAGAGAUAGUGAGCAUCAACAACAAUGGAGCUCAGCCACCUGCGUCCCAGUAUCAGCCUAAAGGGCACAUUCCCAAGGAGAGAAACAAUGCCACCUAUGUGAUUCCCCACAGCAUCCUGUGUCAGGAGGAGGAGCCGCAGAAGAAGAAUGAGGUUGGGAUUAAGACCUUGGAGAAACUGUCCCCGCCUCUUCCUGAAAACUUGGACAGCGAUGCAGAUGUGAUUAAUCCUAUAACUCAGAACGGCCAACACAAAACUGUGAGAUGUUGAUUGGUGUAUGUAUUGGUAUACAAAAAUAGAAGGAACCCACAGAGGGAGAGACCAGGCAGAAUGCCUAGCAAAUGUGUGGGGUAUACAAACGGAGCUUCACUGCAAACCUUAAAUCUCUAAUCACUAUGGAAAUCUACAGAAUG